UUGCCAGGGCUAGGGUUCUUCGAUGGGGCUCAAGCUGCGAGCAGUGCCGAUCACGGAGGUGAAUUUCCGGCCUUUUGGCCAGCUCCUGGGAAAGAUCGGCGACGGAUGCGAGUAUGGAUCGGGAGACGCGCAGCUCAAUCUCGCGAAUGGGAUUCCCAGAUUCUACCUCAUGGAGCUCAAGAAAACGGGGCUGCGAUUCAAAAGGAUAACGCAUCACGCCAGGGUCACGCAGUGUCUGGGAUCAGUGGGAGCUCAUCCUUGGUACAUGGCGGUCUCUCUUCCCAGCAUUGUGGAUCCUUCAUCGCAACACGAGGGCGCUGUUCGAUCCAACGCUGGUGGCCACUCCUAUUUACCUCCCUCUCAUGCAAGCGUCCAGGUUUUCAAGAUAGAUGGUCCUCGCUUCAUCAAGCUAAACGAAGGAACUUGGCACGCUGGUCCUCUCUUUGGUGAUCGAGAUUCGAUGGUCUUCUACAGCUUGGAGCUCAGUGACACCAACGUUGUGGAUCACACUACCCACGUGUUUGAGGACUGAUCGAAGAUUGAGGUGAUGGCGAGCUUAAACACUUUUUUGCGUGUCUAGAAAAGCAAAUGGUGGAAAUGAAACAAGUUCUUUGCGAGCUAAGCAUUUCAUGUCCCUUGCCAUCAAGUUGUCGAGGAGCUCCUUUUGUGCCUCGGGACACUGACUAGUAGUUGAAGGAUGUACAAAAUGAGGCUGAUGAUCCUGACUCCCACAGACCAUGGCGUCAACUCCCUGGUAUAAAUCUUUCUUAAUUGAGGACUGUUGAGGACUUCUAGCACUUCCUCCUCUCCUGCUUCUCUCGACGUUUGUGCUCUGGGGAAGUGCCAGUCUUCGUGCUGCAAGCGAGCAAUGUUUCCAACAACACAGCGAAUUUCUAUAAAUUGCUGGAUAGAGAAACACGAGCUGAAUCAAAAGAACAAUCGACGAGCGACUGUAACAA